UGAGCUUCGCGCAUCUCUUCGCGCGCUCGCGUUGAACGACACCACGUGUAAGCUGGUGUUCACAUAUUUAAUUAAAGAGCAAUGACCGCGACAAUGUGAAUUUAUUUUGCACAAUAUUCGUCUUGUCGGGACAAUAUACUUAGGAUUUGCUGCUUUUUGGAGCAGUGAAUUUAACCACAGCGUGAAUUAGAGUUCGAUUAGUCGAUUUGAAGUGAUAAUUACCAGAUAGUGUCAUGGUGCGUAACAAGAUGUCGAUUGUUUUAUUUUUUGUGUUAUUAAUCGGAUAUCAGACAACUGCAGUAAUCAAUAAAUCAAAUCCUCCGUUAACGUAUGAAUACAAAAGAAAUGAUUCCGUUGAAGCAGAAAAUAGAGUCGGUAACUUAUACAGGCCACCGGCUGAUGAUUAUGGACCACCUUCGAAUAAUAAUUAUAACGAGAUUAGUCCAGUUUAUGGACCUCCUGAAUUAACUGGAGAUCAGAGGCCACCACAAAUUUUUGAUUCACCACCACCGGAACAACCACCACCGCCACUAUCUCAAUUUAAUUCACCUCAAUCAUCCUUUUCGUCUUAUAAUCCAUUGAGUAAAGUUAAAACGCAAUAUGGUGUACCUAAAUCAACUUUUAAGCCACUACCAUCACUUCCCAAUCAUAAUUUCAAUUUACCACAACCUCAAUUUGGUUUAUCUAAAUCUGAAUUUAGUUUACCGAAGCCUCAGUAUGGCCCACCAAAAUCUCUUUAUGGUCCCCCAAAACCUAAUUAUGGAUCGCCUUUAUCCUCUUUUAGACCACCAAAGCCCGAGUAUGGAUUACCUUCGAAGUUUAAUAUUCCUACAAUGUCUCAAUAUACUUUACCAUCUAGUAAUUCUGGACGGCCUUCUUGGGAUAACGGAGUAUCUAUUCCGUUAUCAAUUGAAGCUUAUGGGCCACCUACGAAAGAACCUUUUGCACCAUUUGUGUCAAAACUUCAAGAUAAUUAUGCUCCUCCGCCAUUGAUUCAAGCAUUACCUCAGCAACAAUAUAGUGUUCCAGUUAAUAAUGAAAUCUAUAAUCCACCACCUCCUCCAUCUUCUGGUAUUCCAGCUCCUCCAACACCACCUGAUAUAAAGUAUGAUGGAUGGCAACCAAUAGCUGGACUGACAAGUUCUUCUGAUCAACAACAACCUGUUUCAGACAAUUAUAAUCUUCCUCUUCCUUCCAAUAAUUAUCAAUCUUCGGAUGCUUUUGCACCUCCAACAAAUGCAUACGAACUUCCUGUUGGCGAUCAAGGUUCUGGAAGUGAUUUUUCUUUAAGCAAUGGUCAUCCUGCGCCAAUUUUAUCAACUUCCAACGUACCAAGCGAUUCUUAUGGAACACCACUUAAUAACCCAGAAGAUCACAGUCUAAAGUCAUCCGUUUCACAAUCUACCAUUACUCAUGAAAGUAAUGGUUUACCACCACCAGCUUUGCCACAAUAUGAACCACUUCAUAAUAAUCAUCCACAUAUUGAUAGUUCUUCAUCCAGUAAUAUCGACCAGCACCAUUUAAAUGGACAAUAUCCAGGUACUAAUGGUAAUUCACUGUCAACGGUUAAAACUACUAAUUUUGAAUUACCAUCGAAUCCCGAAAUACCGAUAGCUGAUUUCCACAGUAACUCAGGUGAAAAUGGCUUAACUUUGCAACAACUACCAGUUAUUCCUUCUGCAAAUUAUGAUGUCUCUGUCCCAUCAAAUACACAUGGCCCUAUUCCUUCAUCUAUAUUAUCAAAUGGAUUAUUUUCACUAUCAAACACUAUUCGCGGUAGCAAAUUCCCACUAUUUAAUCAGUUUGAUUUUAGUUUCCACAAAAAUAAUGGAAAUAAUAGAAAUCGGCAUCAUGGAGGACAUAGAAGUCCACCACUCCCAUAUAAUGGUUUUGUUCCUCCGCGAAGGCCGCCGAUGAAAUUCCGGGAUUCUGUUCCAAUAAAAUUACUAUCCAAUCUCAACCAAUACUUACCACCAAAUAAACCAUAUAAAAUUUAUGGACCACCUUCAAUUCAACAAUUGCCCAAUAGACAAAACAACAUAUUUCAGACCUCACCAAAUUCAUUUGCCCCAAGUAAUUCAUUUGGCAGAUCUAAUGGAUUUAAAGUGCAUGCGGCCUUAGCUGCACCAGACGCUAAUUAUGGUAUACCACUGUCAUUCAAUGAUUUUAAUACUCCUGCUCCUUCUUUAACAUAUGGAGCACCGAAUUUCGGACCAGCUUCUUCUAUUGGCGCUACGGGUAAUUUGUAUAAUAGUGCACAAUCAUCUAUUGUACCUACCUACGGAGCACCUGCAUUUUAUGCUUUCGAACACGAUUGCAACAAUAAUAAACAUAAUUCGCAAUAUAAUUUUGGUAACAGCAAUAAUGAUCUAUUGAAAAUGAGUGCUUCUAAUAAUCAAAUUUUUUCUAAUACUCAAGUUGAAAGUACUGCUUCUGAGGAUGUAAACGAUGACAAAUUACCUAUCAAUUUAGCGCCAAAUGCUUUGACUUCAUCUUAUAAUGCACCAAAUUUAAAUGAACUAGAAUUAAAAGAUUAUGAAAAGCAACAAAAUACUUUUAAAGAUAGUUAUGGAAAUACUAUAGACAAUUACAAAGUAUUGGAUCAAGCAAAUGCUGCAAUAACCACUUAUGACAACACAGUUUCUAAUACAGUGUCAAACUCAUCUAAGCACAGUCAAAAUUCAUUAUUGGACGUUUCUACAAAUCCUGGCCCAGAAAAUCUUUCAGCUGAGUCACUGACGGCUACCUUAACGGCACAGAGUUACGGCCAAGAUGAUAAGAGUAUAUCACAAUCUGAUAUUGAUGCUACACAGUUUAUAAAAUCAGAUGAAGCGAAUCAAGCUUUAGCCUUAGCUCAAAGUCUAACAGUAGAUGGCGAUGGAUUUCAAAUAGAAGGAUCAAAAGGAACGUAUACAUUACAAAUUCAACCAGCUGAUGGUGGAUACGGUACCGAUAAUUCGGAUGGAAAUAUUCAACACGAUCAAGUCUUAUCCAACGGUUUACUGCAGAAUAUCCUUGCAGCUAUUGAAGAACAACCAGAAGGUAAGCAGAUUCAAGGAGCAAUACAAUAUCGAAGCAUAGAGAAACGUAAUGAAGAAGAUUUGACAAAUGCUGCAAGUUCAUCGUUAGUUAGCAUAAAAUCGAAUUCUGACAGUUCUUUAGCUGAUAAACAAUUAAAUAAAUUAGAAAACGCAGAGAGUACCAAUGAGAAUUUGAAUACAUCUAAUAAUGAUAGGGUAGCAUUAUUUUUUGAUAAGGAUUAUAAUAAUACGAAUAAAGAAACGCAAGUGAUAAUAAACAAUGCAAAAUAA